AUGCUCCGCGGCGCCCGCUGCCUGCGCGGGGCUCCCUCGGCUCCCUCCGCGGUCCUGGCGGUGGCUCUGCUGUCGUCGCUGUCGCGCUGCUCCCUCCCGGAGCCGGAGCCCCCCGCGGUCUCGGCGCUCAGCCCCUUCUUCGGCACCAAAACCCGCUACGAGGAUGCCAACCCCGGGCUGCGGCGCGACCCCGUGUCGCCGCGGCGCGACCCGGAGCUGCUGCUGGAGGAGACGUGCACCCCGGUGCAGCUGGUCGGCCUCAUCCGCCACGGCACCCGCUACCCGACGGCCAAGCAGAUCCGCAAGCUGCGGCAGCUGCACGGGCUGCUGGAGGCCCGCGGGUCCGGGGCCGACCCGGACGCCGGCAGCCGAGACCUGGGCGCCGCGCUGGCCGCCUGGCCGCUGUGGUACGCGGACUGGAUGGACGGGCAGCUGGUAGAGAAGGGGCGGCAGGACAUGCGGCAGCUGGCGCAGCGCCUGGCCGCCCUCUUCCCGGCCCUCUUCCGCCGCGAGAACUACGGCCGCCUGCAGCUCGUCACCAGCUCCAAGCACCGCUGCGUGGAGAGCGGCGCCGCCUUCCUCAAGGGGCUGUGGCAGCACCACCACCCGGGCCUGACGCCCCCCGACGUGGCAGACAUGGAGUGUGGACCUCCAAGAAUUAAUGAUAAACUAAUGAGGUUCUUUGAUCAUUGUGAAAAGUUUUUAACUGAAGUGGAAAGGAAUGAUACGGCUCUUUAUCAUGUAGAAGCCUUCAAAACUGGACCAGAAAUGCAGCACAUUUUAAAAAAAGUUGCAGCUACUUUGCAAGUGCCAGUCAACAAUUUAAAUGCAGAUUUGAUUCAGGUAGCUUUUUUCACCUGUUCAUUUGACCUGGCAAUUAAAGGUGUUAAAUCGCCUUGGUGUGAUGUUUUUGACACAGAUGAUGCAAUGGUAUUAGAAUAUUUAAAUGAUCUGAAACAAUAUUGGAAAAGAGGAUAUGGGUAUACUAUUAAUAGUCGGUCCAGCUGCAUCCUGUUUCAGGAUAUCUUUCGGCACUUGGACAAAGCAGUUGAACAGAAAAAAAGGUCUCAGCCAAUUUCUUCUCCAGUCAUCCUUCAGUUUGGUCAUGCAGAGACCCUUCUUCCACUGCUUUCACUCAUGGGCUACUUCAAAGACAAGGAGCCCCUCACAGCUUACAAUUACAAGGAACAAAUGCAUCGGAAGUUCCGAAGCGGUCACAUUGUACCUUAUGCCUCAAACCUGAUAUUUGUGCUUUACCAUUGUGAAAAUGCUAAGACUCCUAAAGAAGAAUUCCGAGUGCAGAUGCUAUUGAAUGAAAAGGUGUUACCAUUGGCUAACUCGCAAGAAACUGCUUCUUUGUAUGAUGAUCUGAAGGACCACUACAAGGACAUCCUUCAGAGUUGUCAUACCAGUGAAGAAUGUCAAAUACCAAAGGUGAACAACACAUCUGAUGAACUAUGA